AUGCCCCGGACGAGCCUCCUCGGCCUCCUGCUGCUGCUGCUCCGCUGCCAGGGCCCCUCUGCCCAGAUCACGGAUUCCCUCUUUGAGAGCUGGAAAGCCUACAGCGAGGAGUGCCACCGCAACAUGAGCCGGCUGCCGGCGCCCACCGAGCUCGUCUGUAACCGGACAUUCGACAAGUUUUCCUGCUGGCCAGACACGCUGCCCAACACCACCGUCAACGUCUCCUGCCCCUGGUUCCUGCCCUGGUACCGCAAAGUGAAGCACCGGCACGUGUUCAAGACCUGCGGGCCGGACGGGCAGUGGGUGACGGGCCCCGGCGGGCAGUCCCUGCGCGAUGCCACCCAGUGCCAGAUCGACGCUGAGGACCUGGCGGCGCAGGAGAGAUUCGCCUUGACGUACGGCAGCUUCAAGGUCAUGUACACAGUGGGCUACUCAGUGUCGCUGGGUGCACUGCUCCUCGCCCUGGCCCUGCUCCUGGGAUUCAGCAAGCUGCAUUGCAUGAGGAACUACAUCCACAUGAACCUCUUCGCCUCCUUCAUCCUCAAGGGUGUCUCUGUGCUGGUCAUCGACGCCCUGCUCAAGACCCACUACAGCGACAAGAUUGAUGACUACAACGUGGGCGUGUGGCUGAGCGACGAGGCCGCCGCCGGCUGCCGGGCUGCCACCGUCUUCAUGCAGUAUGGCAUCGUGGCCAACUACUGCUGGCUGCUAGUGGAGGGCAUCUACCUGCACAACCUCCUGGUGGUGGCCGUCUUCUCCGAGCGCAGCUACUUCACCCUCUACCUGUGCAUCGGCUGGGGUGCCCCCAUGCUCUUCCUCAUCCCCUGGGUCGCCGUCAAGUUCCUCUUUGAAAACAUUCAGUGCUGGAGCACCAACAACAACAUGGGCUUCUGGUGGAUCCUCCGCUUCCCCGUGUUCCUGGCUAUCUUGAUCAACUUCUUCAUCUUCAUCCGCAUCAUCCAGAUCCUCGUCUCCAAGCUCCGGGCACACCAGAUGCGCUACACUGACUACAAGUUCCGGCUGGCCAAGUCCACGCUGACGCUGAUCCCGCUGCUGGGCAUCCACGAGGUGGUGUUCGCCUUCGUCACGGACGAGCACGCCCAGGGCACCCUGCGCUACGUCAAGCUCUUCUUCGACCUCUUCCUCAGCUCCUUCCAGGGGAUGCUGGUGGCCGUUCUCUACUGCUUCGUCAACAAGGAGGUGCAGGCCGAGCUGCUGAAGCGGUGGCAGCGCUGGAAGCUGGGCAAGGACCUGGCGGAGGAGCACAAGCACACCUGCAGCCACGCGCCCAGCGCCCGCAACGGCGCCGGCGGCGAGGAGCACAAGCUGGUGAGCGGCUGCGGCAACGGGCUGGGGCGCAGCCCGGCUGCCGCGCGCCCCGGCGCCCGCUACCUCGAGCGCCCUGGCCGCGGUGCCGCCGCCGAGCACCUGGCCCUGGGCGGCCGGCACCACUGCUACGAGUUCCCCGAGACCACGGCCGAGAGCAACUUCUGA